GCUCUCUCCUCAUUCACUCCCUCUUCGUUCUCAGUGCUCCUGCUCUCUCGGAGGUGGCUGGCGGCGAGCAGCUGCUCCUGGGGACAGCCUGAGCUGAAGGCUCUGAAGGCUGGGCUUCAACAUGUUGCAGUUGCGGUAUGUCACGGAAGAGCAGCUGGCGGGCUUCGAUCAAUAUCAGUAUAGUGCUGUAGAUACAAAUCCUUUAUCAGUAUAUGUUAUGCAGCACCUCUGGAACAGAAUAGUUAAGAUAGUGCCACUGUGGAUUGCACCUAACUUGCUUACCUUUUCUGGAUUUUUAUUGCUUUUAAUUAAUUAUUUUGUAUUAUGUUUUUAUGACUGGGAUUAUACUGCCUCAGGAUCUAGGCUUAUUCCGAACUGGGUAUGGUGGUUUGCUGCUCUCUCUACCUUUUCUGCCUAUGCUUUAGAUUCUAUAGAUGGGAAACAUGCUAGAAGAACACAGUCCAGUAGUCCUCUGGGAGAGCUAUUUGACCAUGGGUUGGAUAGCUGGGCUACUUCCCUUUUCACAAUUUCUUGGUUCUCUGUUUGUGCAAGUCCAGGGGACUCCCCAGGAUUUUCCAAGCACACGAUGUUUUUGUUCCUGAGCAUUGUUUUGCUUAACUUCAUGUUGUCCCAUUGGGAAAAAUAUAACACUGGAGUCCUUUUUCUUCCUUGGGGAUAUGACCUAAGCCAAGUGACACUGGUAGCAGGGUAUCUGCUGACGGCUAUUGUUGGUGUAGAAAUGUGGCACAAACCUUUGGUGUUUGGUUAUUAUAUUACAACUGUGUCAAUGACCUUGGUUAUAGGCUGCAGCAUUUUCCUUUCUCUCCCCCAUACGUUGUACAACAUCUACACGGCAUACCAGAAGAAAACACUGAAGAAGGAUUCUUUGUAUGAAGCUUUGCUCCCUUUGGUGUCUCCUACGCUCUUGUUUUUCCUCCUGACUGUUUGGGUGGCUCUAUCUCCAUGUGAUAUAUUAAUUAAGCAACCCAGAUUAUUUUUAUUUAUGGUUGGUGUUGCUUUCUCCAGUGUUGCUUGUAGAGUGAUUGUCUGUCAAAUGAGCAACACCAGAUCUGAAUCAUUCCACUACCUCUUGUUUCCAUUGGCCUUGGUGGUCUUUGCAGCAGUGACAGGACUUCUUGGGAGACUGGAGGAAUCUGUGUUCAAGGCUUUCACUGCAUUAGCCACAGUGGCUCAUGUACACUACGGAGUGUGUGUGGGGAGACAAUUAAGUCAACACUUGAACAUUCACAUCUUUUCCAUGAAGAAACGUGCCCAGGAAUAAAUAUUUGCUGUCAAAGAACAGUCAAGAUUUGUCCUGAUGUUCCCGGAUCACAUUCUUCCUAGGAACAUUGAUACUCAGUGUACCUGAAUGACCAAAGCAUCUUCAUACACCUUAAUGAAUAUAAUGGAAUCCAUAUUUAAAGUGGUGUGCUUCUCUUGUGUCUCAAAUAUAGCUAUUCACAGAAAGAGUCUUCUUAGCCCUUUGCCAUCAUACUCCCACAUCUACAUCUCUCCAAUCCCUGACUCACAUUCAGAAGGGCAAAGUAUUCUAACCAGCAUGGAGGGUAUGGUUCUCUGCUAAAACUCAGAGGAAGCUGGCAAAUGAGCAUAUGGGUCCUUCUGUUAGCUCCCUCGCUGGACUGUUGUGAAAACAGAAUGAAUGUCCCGGAUGUUGCAGGAUACCUGGAAUACCUUAAAAGGCAGGAGGCAUCCCCUUCUGUACCUCCUCCUCCCAUCUGCAAGUUUGGGCAAAAGCUACAGUAAAGAAUCAUGGAGCUGAUGAUCAUAGUGGACUGCAGGAAGUAACUUUUGUUAAUUAAGUUGCUCAGGAACCCCAAUUUGAUAUUUUCAGUACCCUCUGAUAAGCUUAAGCCUAAAAGCAAAACCACAUGCUUUGUUUGGCAGGUACUUAAUGGAGAACUGCAGAUAAAGUCCCAAAAUUUAUUGUUUUAUCAUAGAAUAAAGACAGAAUAGCAGCUGACAUUGUAAGAGCCCUUUAAAGUUAGCCAAGUAUUUUCCAUACAUGUUAUCGUUUUUAGGCAUAGCUACAUGGAAAUAGGGAGAGUCAUUACACUGUAGCAAAGAACCCUUAGGGGAAUUAAAACCAAUAAAACUAUCUGGAACAGAUUCACAAUGGAGCAUAUUAGAUUAGGACAAUCAUUAUAUUCCUUAGGAGCAAAGUGAAAUUAUCUCCAAGUGUCAUGCUUUGAUGCAGAGCUGUGUGGUCCUAAGUACUAUUUUUAAGGUCUAUAUAAACUGGGUUAGUAUAAAUUUUAUCCACAAAACCCAUGCUUAGGGCUUCUCCCAAAUAGUUGAUGGUUUACAUAAUGAUGUAUGUUCCAAGUUAAGAAUUACACUUUAUAAAAAUGUUUCCAUGGAGUCAACAGUAUAUAUAUGACCAUUAGGAAUUUAUUCAUGUACAAAAAUAACUUCCACCCUUGUGAAUAGAGAAGAGGUUGUAACACAAAUUCUCUGAAUGAAUGCUGCUAUGGGGUCUUUUUUUUUUUUUUUGAGCUAUUGUUGACAUGAAUUUAUUCACCUUUGAGGCAAAUAUAUUCAUUCACUCUGUGCCUAGUAAACCUUUGGUCUUAAAGGGUAAUUGUUUUCAUCUCUAACAAAGAUACAACAAUAAAUGCACGCACUGAAGUGAAAAUGUUUUUCGGUAUCCUGUGAAUGAAUAGAUUAAUUGAUCUGUAAUUUUCUAGUUUACAUGUUAUAUCGUUUAGUGUUUACAGUGAGAAUAUUUUCAGUUAAGGAUUUGGUAUAUGGAAAGAAAGCAUCAGGGGAGUACAAAACAAUAAUUCCAAAGUCACUCUCACAUUGAAUGGAAAAUGUGCUUUCUUCUGAUGGCUUGAAUAUUGACCAGAUAUUGUGAAAAUGGAUGUCUAUGUAGGCAUGAUUGAUUAGGUUCUUUUCCUAAAUGAAUAUUCAAGCUUAAAUUUCCUAUACUUCAUUUCUGAGAAAUGCAUCAAGCCAGUGAAACAGUCCUGUGAGAUGCUAGAGAAAUCAUAUUCUAUUUGUAUAACCAGGAUAUUGGAAUAGAAGUGUUUUAAGCAAAUAAUUUUUGACUAUAUGAUUAUAUAAAAUUAAAGUAUAACACAUUUAUAGGAAUUAAAUCUUACUCUAACAUUUUAUCACUUCUAAAUAUUAAAUUGUCAGAAUUUUGAAUAUAUCCUGGAAAAUGAGUCAAAGGAAUCUUUGAUAAUUAUUUUUUUAGUUUUAUUGUAUAUUAGUUUUAUAAUUUAUCUUAUUAGUUAUAGCUAAUGAAUUGGAGAAAUUAUGUUAACAUCAAGAAAAAAUGAAUGGAAUUUUACGACACAGCGCAAUGCCUACAUGUUUUGUUGUACUGGAACAAUGGAAUCAUAAAUUUAAAACUGAAGAACCUGACAGAAUGAUUGAUGAACUCAUCAAUUCUCUCAUUUUAUAGAGGAAGCAUGUGAGGGCCAGUGAAGUUAAAUGAGUUGCAUGGGGUCACAGAGCUAGUAAAUGUAUAAGAUGGAAUUUGAAUCCAAUACUUCCUGACACCAAGUCUAGGAAUGAAUGGACAUUGCAAAGCGACCAAUUUCUAUUAGUGGUAAGGAAAAAUUCUCUAACGAUUAGGGAUCUCUGUAAGUGUAAUGUUCUGUGCCUGCUUGGAAAUUUUUAAUCUUCUAAGUUGUGUUACAGAUACUCUUGUUCAGGUAAGGGUUGUAAUAGAAGACAGAUGAGCUCCUCUCAACUGAGAGAUUCUCAGAUUCUGUUUUCUUUUGGGGAUAAUAAUAUGGUUAAAUUCAGAGGUACAUUAACACAUCAUUGCACUUUGCUAUAAUACAAAUUCAAACUACACAUGCUCAUUUACCCAAUUGAGGGAUUUAUAUUUGUCUGACUGUGAUGCAAGUCUGUGAUCUAAAAGCUUCCUGUCAUUCUUAUGGUCCUCCAGAGUCCAAUAUAUUUACCAGAUUUUUCCUUUUUUUUUUUUGAACACAAGAAGAUCCAUUGCUUUUAACCUCUCCCACUGAGAAGGGAAUGUAUUUUAUAGUUCCCAGCUAGGUAAAAUAUUAAGUCUGGUGAUAGAGGAGUUGAGUGGUUAAAUGUCCAUUGGGAAGUUUUGAUUUCAGCACCUAGCACAGUAGGAACUCAAAUAUUUGCUGAGUGAAUGAAUGAUUUGAGAUUCCUUCUAGGAAGCAGAUUAUAUUUAAUACUGUUCUGUUUGCACUGAGAAUGAAGAUUUGUAAGUCUACAGUAAUUCCAUCAGUCUUAAUAAUUAAAAAAAUCUAAUAAUUUUGGUUUUCAAAUAAUGUUCUAUGAUUUUGUGAGUUUUUAAACUGUUAGACUGGGAAUAUGACAGAAUUCAGUAAGAUUUAUAUGUCUAUGUGAUUCAGAGUCCUGUUCCUAUACCGGCAAGGAGAGCAAAUGGAUUAUUUUGAGAGAAUCACAGGUUCAAUUUUAUUCACAGUAUGUCUGAAUGACAAGGGACUUUUGAGCAAUGUGUAAUGAAUUCCUUGUAAAUAAACUAUGGACGCCCAGAAUUUUAAA